AUGCCUACAGCCAGGAUAAACUGUUUAGCUGUUCAAGAACUACUAUCACAAGAGUGCACCACUAAUGGCUCUUUUUCCACCCUGUCUUCUCUAAUCACCACGCCGUAUGGGCUUGCGUUACUUGAAAUCCAAGGUGAAUUGAACCUACCUCAUACCAAACCUGAUAUACCAUUAGACGAAUUGCUGCCCCAAGAUCAGGAGAAAAUGAAGAACUUUGUAAAGGUGGAUGACAUUUACGAUGCAGUCAAGUUUGGCCACUUGCAAUUUGAUGACAAAGAUCAGCUGAAGGUGACGUUAUUUAUAGGCAAGAGUCAGCGAUUAAUUGGCAAUGUGGUCAAGUUGGAUGUUCCAUUGGGUGUGUUGAAGGUACCACUAAAACAGAAAAGCGUGGAAGAUUCUGAUAAUGUGGAUAUGGAUCAAGAUCAUGAGAUUCAAAUGAUUGAUAUAGUACGAGCCAAAAUGAUUUUCAAGCAACGCCCAUUACCCAUUAUGUAA